GGAGGCCCCGCCCACCACGCGCAGGCCCUGCGGCACCUCCCAGCCCGGCGGAACGCGUCACCUUUGAGGGGGCAGGCCUGGGGGUCUGGGGCCAGCGCGCGGGAGGGACGUUUGGAUGCCUCGAGGACGCCGUUCGGGCGGGGAGGGUCUCGCGGGUCCCAAUGACCCACACGGGGUGGGGCCAGGGGUGGACGCUCGCCCGUACGCGGUAGCUACUGAACAUGCUUGGACCAGAGUCCGAUGGCAGGCGCCCCACGCAGGGGGAGCGAGGCCCAGGGUACCCCGGAGAGCCCAUGGACAAGUACCAGGUUUUGUACCAGCUGAUUCCUGGGGCCUUGGGGGUGAACCUGGUGGUGGAGGAAAUGGAAACCAAAGUCAAGCGUGUGAUAAAGCAGGUGGAAUGCAUGGAUGACCAUCACGCCAGUCAGGCCCUGGAGGAGCUGAUGCCACUGCUGAAGCUGCGGCACGCCCACAUCUCUGUGUACCGGGAGCUGUUCAUCACGUGGAAUGGGGAGAUCUCUUCUCUGUACCUCUGCCUGGUGAUGGAGUUCAACAAGCUCAGCUUCCACGAGGUCAUUGAGGAUAAGAGGAAGGCCAAGGAAAUCAUUGACUCUGAGUGGAUGCAGAAUGUGCUGGGCCAGGUGCUGGACGCGCUGGAAUACCUGCAUCAUUUGGACAUCAUCCACAGGAAUCUCAAACCCUCCAACAUAAUCCUCGUCAGCAGUGACCACUGCAAACUGCAGGACUUGAGCUCCAACGUGCUAAUGACGAACAAAGCCAAAUGGAAUAUCCGUGCGGAGGAAGACCCCUUUCAUAAGUCCUGGAUGGCCCCUGAAGCCCUCAACUUCUCCUUCAGCCAGAAAUCAGACAUCUGGUCCCUGGGCUGCAUCAUUCUGGACAUGACCAGCUGCUCCUUCAUGGAUAGCACAGAAGCCAUGUAUCUGCGGAAGUCCCUCCGCCAGAGCCCGGGCAGCCUGAAGACCGUCCUGAAGACAAUGGAGGAGAAGCAGAUCCCGGAUGCAGAAAUCUUCAGGAAUCUUCUGCCCGGGAUGCUCCAGAUCGACCCCUCGGAUCGAAUAACGAUAAAGGACGUGGUGCACAUCACCUUCGUGAGCGGCUCCUUCAAGUCCUCGUGCAUCUCUCUGACCCUGUACCGGCAGAUGGUGCCUGCGUCCAUCACCGACAUGCUGUUAGAAGGCAACGUGGCCAGCAUUUUAGAGGUCAUGCAGAACUUCUCUGGCUGGCCCGAAGUCCAGUUCAGGGCCAUGAAGAGGCUUCUGAAAAUGCCUGCAGAUCAGCUAGGUCUGCAGUGGUCUCCAGAGCUGGUGGAGGUGGUGGUCACGACCAUGCAGCUGCAUGACAGGGUCCUUGACAUCCAGCUGUGUGCCUGCUCCCUGCUGCUGCACCUCCUAGGCCAAGCGCUGGUGCAUCACCCAGAAGCCAAGGCUCCCUGUAACCAAGCCAUCACCUCCGCCGUGCUGAGUGCUCUUCGGAGCUACCCCGAGGAGGAGUCGCUCCUUGUCUUGGUCUACAGCCUGCUAGCCAUCACCACAACCCAGGAGUCAGAGUCAGUGUCAGAGGAGCUGCAGAACGCCGGGCUGCUGGAGCACAUCCUGGAGCACCUCAACAGCUCCCUCGAAAACAGGGACGUCUGCGUCAGUGGCCUGGGCCUGCUCUGGGCCCUCCUGCUGGAUGGUAUCAUUGUGAACAAGGCCCCUUUGGAGAAGGUCCCGGACCUCAUCAGCCAGGUGUUGGCCACCUACCCUGCGGAUGGGGAAAUGGCGGAAGCCAGCUGCGGAGUCUUCUGGCUGCUGUCCCUACUGGGCUGCAUCAAGGAGCGGCAGUUUGAACAAGUGGUGGCACUGCUCCUGCAAAGCAUCCGGCUGUGCCAGAACAGAGUCCUACUGGUGAACAAUGCCUACCGGGGACUGGCCAGCCUGGUGAAGGUGUCAGAGCUGGCGGCCUUCAAGGUGGUGGUGCAGGAGGAGGGUGGCAGUGGCCUCAGCCUCGUCAAAGAGACCUACCAGCUCCACAAGGAUGACCCGGAGGUGGUAGAGAACGUGGGCAUGCUGCUGGUUCACUUGGCUUCCUAUGAGGAGAUCCUGCCGGAGCUGGUGUCCAGCAGUAUGAAGGCCCUGGUCCAGGAGAUCAAGGAGCGCUUCACCUCCAGCCUGGAGCUGGUUUCUUACGCAGAAAAAGUGCUCCUGAGGCUGGAGGCGGCCACCUCUCCCAGCCCCCCGGGUGGAGCAGCAGCUCAGCCCUGAUGCUGGGGAGAAGACAGACACCCCACAGGCCCCUCCUCCACGUGUGCCCUCUCCCUGCCCUUCCUUUCCAUGGGCCACUGUUUCCCUUGGGGUGGGGGGGGAGGGUCGUCUGGGACCAGAAGGCACACCUCACACUCCUCUUAGGUGACUAAUACAAGGCCAGUUUCUGCCUUAAUCUUUUCUGGCAAGACGCCGUGACUGGCCAGUGGGGUACCUAAUUCUGCAGUCUCUAUAGACCUCGCCCUGGACACGGAAGUCCUUCCAGACCAUUCUAGAUGAGAGUCAACACUGAGCCUCCUAGGUUCCAUUCAAAGUAAACAUCUGCAUUUAUUUUAUUUUUUAUUUAUUUAUUUUUUUGAGACGGAGUCUCACUCUGU